UAUCCAAAAAUGAAGAAUUUUGUAAUACUAAUUGCCAUUUUGGCCGUCGUUAGCGCAAAGUCAGUUGACGUCAAUCCAUCCCUAGUUCAGCCGUUUGAGUCGAUCGGUAUCGAUUGGUCUCAGGUUCAGCCGAUUGAGGACUCCGACCAGUACUGGGAUCGUCUUCCUGCUGAUCUGCAGUAUCUGCGCAAGCAUCAACCGGACAGUAGGAUUGUGAACGGUCAGGAAGCUACUCCGGGCCAAUUUCCGUACCAAGUGUUCGUGGAUUACCAGAGAAAUGGUGGUUCUUAUAGUUGUGGUGGAUCAAUCCUGAACAGUAACCAUAUUUUAACUGCUGCUCACUGUGUUUGGCGAGCCGAAGGAGGGAUUGUCAUCGCAGGAGCUCACAAUCGCAGAAUUGAAGAGCCCACCCAGCAGAGAAUCCCGUUUGCCAAAGUUUAUUAUCAUGCAGAUUAUACCGAACAACGCUUUCGAAACGACAUUGCUGUUGUGCGUCUGAUCCGCCACAUUACGUUCAACAAUCGUGUUCAACCUGUGCUUCUCCCUGCUCUAGGGGACAAUCGUCAGUUUGCAGGCUUGACUGGAACCGUUUCUGGAUUUGGGAGACUUUGCGAUGAUUGUGACUCAUCAGAUGUGCUCAUGUAUACUUCCAACACGAUCGUAUCGAAUGCAGAAUGUUUGGCUGUCUGGGGAAACCCUGAAUCUAUUCAGGAUCAGAACCUCUGUUUGUCUACUGCCGGGGAAACUUCUACAUGUCAAGGUGAUUCUGGAGGUCCUUUGACCGUCAUGGAUGGUGGAAGAACAAUGCAGGUCGGUAUUGUGUCAUUCGGGCAUUCUUCUGGAUGUGUCAGCAAGUAUCCUAAGGUGUUUGCGCGUGUGACUUAUUAUCUAGAUUGGAUCUUGCAUGUUCUGACUUUGUAGACUCUGCAUGGAACCAACUUGAUUUUCAACUGGCUUAGGUGUUUAAAUGCAAAUGAA